UUUUGUUGAAAGACCAGAAUCUUGCCAACUGAAAAAUGAAUUUCUAUAACAAGCUCCCACAAAAGUCUUCCAAGAUUCUUACGAGUUUUCAAAUUGCUAAAAGUUUAUUUUCUUAUGGAUUCAUCUUCAUUUUUGGAUCUUAUGGAGUUUAAUUUUCCCUUAUGGACUAAUGCUUGCUUUGCUACUUGUAGUCUAGUGAGUAGGAGCAUGGCAACGAGACAAGUCUCACCAGAGCUCGUAGAAUCGAAUCGAAUCGAUCUUAUGCCGAUUGCAUUCGAUUCCGAGUCGUCUGUCGGAGCUAACCUCGCAAGAGGAGGAAUACCCAAUGUGGCGAAAAGAGCCAUGGCGGCGUCAGCUUUGACUCCAAGCGGUGUUGCUAGCGACGGUUCAGGAGGGAGCCUUUUUCCCCAUAGACUCGUAUCAUCGUAUCGUUUUAGUUCAAUGGAUACAAAUUAUACCGUUUCGCUGUCGAUUCGAGUGUGAAUUUAAUGAAAACAUUUAUUAGUUUAUUUGUUAAGCUUGUCUCUCCUCACGGUUCAUCACGAUUAUUGACCCUUGGAGUCGGACUAAUCGGUAUUUCACGAUACCCAUUUCCAUUGAACUCAACAACUCUCUUCCUUGUUUACUGUGUCAUCUCCGUCGACCAUCCCCACCCGUCGUCGUUAGUCAUCUCCAGCCAUCGUCACAGUGGUUAUGCAUGGCUUGAGGUCCUUACAGGAUGUGAAGCCAAUGAUCUCCAAUGAUCAUGUAUAUAUUCUUCAACUAUCUAGCCUGAGCACUUUUGCAUUGAGACAGGAGAAAGAGCAGAUUAUUACUAGUGAGCUCAGAAGAAUAUGGGACAAUAUGAUAGGUCUCUGCUUUGUCUAUUAAUCAUAUUGUCUAUGUCAACCACUUCCAUGUCAUGGCUUUGGUCCUCGCCGUCGUCUUCCUCAUCAGCAAACACAGCGUUUUCCGGUGAAAUCUACACAACAAUAGCGGAAUUGUCGAUCGACGAUCUCAAUGGUGACGACAAGGGAAUCCAAAGGGUCAAGAAUGCAAAAACAAAACUAAAAGUGGGUUCUAACUCAUGUUGGUAUGAAGCAUACCAAGGAAUUUUUGCAGCGUGCUCCGAAAUAGCAGGGGACGACAACGAGAAGAGGAAGAAGUUUGCUUGGGAUUUAAGUAACUGCUUUCAAAAGGACUCUGGAAGACCCUCUCUUCCGUCGUGCCGGACCGGGUCUUCCAUGAAAGAGUGCCUUCAAAAGCUCGACGACAAUGCUAUUCAUACUUACCGUGGAUUCUUUCUUGAAACUAACUCCAUUUGUCAUCAAUUACAGUCCGAUAUAUUCAGGCGCCAAACAGAGAGACUAGUAAACGAUUUGAAAAAAUCAGCCGAAAAUGCAGAGGAAAGACUGGAAACCAUACAAGAGAAGUCAGAGCAUUUACUGCAGGACACAAAAGACAUUCAUAAUUCGAUGACUUCUAUCGAAGAGCAAACACAACAAGUGCUUUACUCCACAUCGGAAAUCGGCACCAGAAUCACUGACAUUUCGAAGCAGUCCGAGGCGGUUUUCGAACAAUCCCAGAAAAUUUCUGCUUCCCAAAUAGAUCUGGAGAAGGGUCAGGAAGUGAUGAAGGUAAAACUAGAAGAAGGGAUUGCAAUGCUUCAUGAGUCGUACCAUAAUCUAGACAAGGAAAUUGGUGGGUUGAGAGAUGGGACUGUGAAAAUUGAGAAAGAGAUUAACAGAGUUGGAGAUUCCAUGUCUAGCAAGAUGAACAUUCUUCAGAACAAGGCUGACGAUAUUGGAAAUGUAGCAGGGGUUUCUCUGGAAAAGCAAAAGGAAGUUCUUAAAGGGCAAUCUGAAGCUCUCAAUGGGCUUCAGUUGCUCACUCAGUUUCAGUCUAAAGCUCUAGAAGAGAGCAGGGGAGUUAUGCAGCAGUUAGCGAAUUUCGGCCAUGAACAACAGGAAGAACUUCUUCGGCGACAGGAAAAGCUUCAACAAGCACAUGAUCAUCUUGUUGAGAAUUCCAAGUCCAUGUUGGCUGCUCAGGAAUCUUUCGAACAGAAACAAGCAGCCCUGUUUGUAGCUCUAGAUAAGUUAUUUGCCUUGCACAAUGCCUUGUUACUCGAGUCUAGGCUGAUCAAGGCUUUCUUCAUUUAUUCAAUUUCAAUGUUUGUGCUCUACCUGUUCACUAGCACUAAGCAAACGUACCCAGUGAGACACCGGCUUUACCUUGGUCUUUGCUGUACUUUCUUGAUGGAAUUCGCAAUACUACGUAUUACAACGAAUGGUAUCGAGCAACAAACAUGGUUGAUCAAUCUAGUGAGACUUCUUUUUCUGCUUGUUGCAACUGUUCAGAUACUGCAUGCUAUUUUCACAUUCAGAGAUUAUGAAAUGCUGAACUAUGGUAUGCUAAAACAGCUAACAGAGGAAGUUCGUAGCCUACGCAAAAAUGCAGAGUUGAGUUGGGAAACAGAGAGCGACGUUGACUGGUCAACGUGGGUUGACCAUGAAAUACCAGAUGGGAUAGACAAUAUUAUUCAGGAUCCAGAUUAUAUGAUUGGAUUUGAAGAACGAGUUGGAGAAAGUUCUCAUGAAACUUCUUCUUCAACUGGUUCUAGAUAUAAUCUCCGAAGUCGCCGGCGUCCUUGAUUGAAUGGUCUCGCCAAUAUUGCUUAGUUUUAUAACUUUUUACUAUGGUUCUUUUCUAGAACAUAAUAUGUAAAUAAAAUGAAAUGGACAAAACAAGUUCUUGGUUCUUUUCUAGCACAAGUUUACUAAGCAAAGCUAAAUUUGCUAAGCAAUGAGCGAAAUUUACUGGACAAGUUUACUACAAAUUUACAA